CCUCCUCCCGCUCAAAGCCCACACGCAGGCCCGGCAGCCGCAUCCGCGCGGCACGAGCCGAAUGAGGCUUCGGGGACCAAGGGCGGGCCGGCCGGCGCGCAACGGCGUGAGAGACUGGGACAGGCGCUCGGAACAAAGGCAGCGGUUACUCCAGCAGCCACCGAGUCGCUGCCGCUCGAGGGAAGAGUGCCGGGCUGCGCGAUCUGGACUCCCUCGCUGCCCGCAUGGCCCCUCGCUCGCCUCGGGACCUCAGCCUAGCACAAGUGACCGCCUCCAGCCGCUGAAGGAAGCCAGUCCCCGCGAGUCGCGCACCCAGACCCCGCCCUCCCGAGCACCCAGGCCAGCGCCUCGCCGCCGACGCUGCCACACCCCCGCCCUCUCCCGGGCCCCAAUAGGGUGCCCUCCCUCUGCGGCCCCGCCUCCUCCGGCCACCGGUUCUUACGUCACUUCCACAAGCUCCCGCGUCCGCAGCCUCUGCCUUGGAGCUAGUUCAAUUCCUGGGUGUGGAUGUUUGUUUUGUUGGACCUUGACCUAACUAGAAGUCUCCUUUUCUCCUUGCGUUUCCCGCGUCUGGGUCCCGAGCGUCUCCGCGCGUCGCAACCGUCAAGGCUCAGCCUUUGAACUUUGUACCAAAGCCUUGUGAGCGGCUCACCUAGAGCCCAAGGCCAGAAGUCAUCGGAAUUUCAGAUCGUUUCGGAGAGGUGGUAGUGGUCCAGAGGAAAUCAGUUCGAGGGCUGUGGUUUUUCAGGAACAUCAAUCCACGCCUUGCCAAUCCAAGCGUGCUGCUGGGUUCUGUAGUAGAUGCGAAGAGAUAGCUACUCUGACGCGACUCGGUCUGCAUUCUCAAGUGUUCCUGUACAACUUGGUUUUUGAUUUGGGCCUUAAAAUCGCAUCUGAGGCGUGGAUUAGUAAACUCCCAGUCCAUUGCAUAAAGUGCUUUUUUAAAACUAUGUCUAUUUUUAGCCUGUUGUAAUUUAAUCUAGGAAAAUUGUUACGUUUUGGAAAAUUGUUACUAAUGAAAAAAUCGUUUCUGAGCUAUUCGUUUUCUUGUUUCCUGAAAUCUAGACCGACCUAGGUUUCAGUUUUAGAACUGCCUCUUAAAUAAUUUUGACCUUAUUUGGGUCUUGGUCGUUUUUUGUAACCAAGUGCAUAAAGGAUAUGUUUGGCCUAUUAGUUUGUAAUCAGUGAAUACUGGUGGAAUGACUGAAUGACUUAUUGAAUAGCAACCAUACUGGGGCGCCUGGGUGGCGCAGUCGGUUAAGCGUCCGACUUCAGCCAGGUCACGAU